AUGCCGUCCAAAGACCCAAAAGUUGCCCUAAUCCAACUCUACCCAGAACCUCUCGCCCUGGAAGCGAACUUUGAGUGUGCGAAAGCGUAUAUCACGGAAGCUGCCAAGGAAGGCUGCGACAUUGCUGUGUUGCCCGAGUAUGCCCUUAGUUUGCCGAUUCCGGAGAAGGCGGAGGAGUGGGUUGAUGCUGGGAAGGUUUGGGUGGGGAAGUAUCAGGAGUUGGCUAAGGAGUUGAAGAUCAACAUUGUCCCCGGUACCAUCGUGGAGAAGCAUGGGGAGGGCACGGGGAGCGAAUCGCUGUACAACGUCGCAUACUUCAUUGGGAGGGACGGGGAAAUCAAGGGCGAUUACCACAAGAAGAAUUUGUGGCACCCGGAACGAGACUACCUCUCAAAAGGCGAGGGUCAACACCAAGUUAUCGACACAGAAUUCGGUAAAGUUGGCCUCCUCAUCUGCUGGGACCUUGCAUUCCCAGAAGCUUUCCGUGCUCUCGUGAAACAGGGUGUCAAGCUGAUCAUUGCGCCGACAUGCUGGACGUACAAUGAUGCCGGCACGAAUGGCUUACAGAGAAAUCCGGAUAGCGAGGCGGUGUUCUUGGAUUCUAUGCUCACAACCCGUGCGUUCGAGAAUGGUGUUGCUGUGGUGUUUGUGAAUGCUGCUGGUCCAAAAGCAGAUGGCUGGCUAGGUCAUUCGCGGGUAACACUGCCGUUCAUCGGUCCAUUAGUCAAAACGGAAGACAACGAGGAGUGUAUGUUGACGGUUGAGAUUCCAAUGGAGGUGCUUGACGAGGCGGAGGAGGUGUACAAGGUUCGGAAGGAUCUGGCUGACCCGGACUUCCAUUACGGAGCGAAAUGUUAG